GAAGAAAGCUUGCUGAAAAGUGACAGACAGAGCUGGACACUCCCAGGCUUCAUGUGAGUCUAAGGAUGUAAAGUGUUUGGGUAAUGGAGAGAGGUGUUCUGAUUUGCUUUAGUAAUCUAAAGAUGGAAAGAGCUGAGUCCUGAUGCUCUUUAGACCAGCAGGUUUCUGGACAGCACCCACCAUUUUCUUGAGGUUUCUGCUGUGCCGUAAUUCUCUGCUCACCUCGGCUUCACCUUGUGAUCCACCAAGGGAAAAGGAAGUGGAGAGGGACUAAAAAUCCCCCCCCCCCAAUUCAGCUCCAGUGUUCAGGGAUGGUGAUACAGUAAACGGUCACCUCAGAGACUGAAUUUGUUCCGUCUCACGUUGUCCAGUUGCAUUGGGACUUUGCCAGUAAUGUCCUUUGAGAUCUGGAAAAGAAAUGCCUAUAGGAGCCUUCCACCUCGGUUUUGAACCACAGCCACAACGGGCGACCAGAAACUGCCUCUGCUUGUGCCUGUGAAUUGAUUAACCACACCAAACCGGGGAACAGCAACUGUGCAGAAAUGCUGAAAUGCUUUGCAAGUUCUCCGGUGGGUGUGGCUGUCGGCAUUUCCCUCCUAGUCCUCUUGCUGGUCUGUGGGAUUGGAUGUGCUUGGCACUGGAAUCGCCAGGAAAGCACACCAUUUACCCUACCGAAGUUCAUGCAAAGAAGAAGCAGCAGGCAGAAAGACUUCACGAAAACCAUCGGCUUGAGUGCCUACGUGACUGGCCCAAGCACUAAAGCCUCAGUGGAAAGCAAAGGCCACAAAUCUACUGCCAAGAGAAACAAGAUGCAUGGCAACUAUGAAAAUGUGGAAGUGUGCCCUCCCCGCACUGAAGGGACAACUGAGAAGGCUCUGUAUGAGAACACGCAGCCGUCUAAUCUCGACGAGCACGUCUACGGGAAUCAAACGGACCCCCUCUAUUAUAACUUCCAGAAACCUAGCCCUCCUCCGCCUCAAGAUGAAGACAUAUACAUCCUUCCAGAUUGCGACUAGCUUUUCAACAAACUGAGACUCUUUGCUGGAGGGAAAACUGAUCACCAGGCCUCCGAGUGGACUGAUGUCGUCAUGAUCAAGUUAUUCUGAUGAAAUCACUGGUCUCUUUCCUAUCACCACCCUUAUAAAUCUUCACUACGAGGAUUUAUAGACAAGUUCUAGAACGCACCCCCCGUGUGCCCUGCCUUCAAUUAAAUCUGUGUUGUAUCAUAUUCAUUUUUCUUUUGAUAUAUUUCCUGUAACCACUUUCCUUUGUUCCUUCCUCGACCAUCUUUUGAGGCUCAGAACUAUUGCAGUCUCCUAGCAGGUCAUCCUUCUGUGCUGAGGGGCUAACCCAAGACGGUUCACAUGCCAGGUAAGGGCUCAACCGCUGAGCCACAUCUCUAGCCUGGUCUUCUGAGUUACAUCUUAAUCAGUAGCCUGUGACGAGGCAGGUUGAUCUUCAGAAAAUAUUCUAGGAGGUCACAUCAUUAAUCUGCCAAAAUUAAAAAAUAAAAAAAAAUAAAAAAAACUGUGUUGUUUGCAAAAGAUGUAAAGCUCAAAACCCUAAGUCCAGAAUUCAUGACUUUUUCACUCACAACUUCCUUUGCCAGUUAUGUUCCCCCCCACCGCUCACUUCUUUGCUUGCUUCUGUGUCAUCUCAAGGCUGCCAAGUCCCUCUCGCUGCUCCACGGUGUGACCGGUCUGCCUCUCAGGCCUGCCUCAGGUCAUACCUUCCAUCAUCCCUCCUUUCAAACCCACACUUCCCCUUUUAGACCUCACUGUCUGUUUUCUUUGAGCAUUUGAAGGUAUGAAGGUUUGCUGUGCAUUUCACUACUAAUGUAAUACGAGGAUUCUUUAGUUGCAGUCAAACAGCGAUGGAGUGGUGCUUAGUAAUACUUUUAGACCCAAAGACAUCGUAUGAGAAACCAAAAAUCUGGUUAACUGAAAAAGACAUGAAUCUUGCAGUUUGUCAAAUAGUUUUUAAGAAGACUAAUAAAUUUACUAUUUCUAAAUCU